AUGUUCCCUCCCAAUAACACCCAAUUCCACCUCUUUUCCUUCUUGUUGCUGGGGAUCCCAGAAAUGGAAACACUGCACCUCUGGAUUGGCUUUCCCUUUUGUGCUGUGUACACAAUUGCACUCAUAGGGAACUUCACUAUUCUGUUUGUCAUCCAGGCUGAGAGCAGCCUACACCAGCCUAUGUUCUAUUUCCUGGCCAUGUUGGCUACUAUUGAUUUGGGUCUGUCCACAGCUACCAUCCCCAAGAUGCUUGGAAUCUUCUGGUUCAACCUCAGAGAGAUCAUCUUUGGAGCUUGCCUCGUGCAAAUGUUUUUCAUUCACAGCUUCACACUUAUGGAGUCAGCUGUCCUGUUGGCAAUGGCUUAUGACCGCUACGUGGCCAUCUGCAACCCACUUCGAUAUAGCACCAUCCUCACCAACAGGGUUGUUUCUGUGAUUGGUGUUGGUGUGUUAGUGAGGGCAUUUAUUUUUGUGAUUCCUUUUGUAUUUCUGAUUUUGCGAUUGCCCUUCUGUGGGAAUCGUGUCAUUGCCCAUACCUAUUGUGAACACAUGGGUCUUGCUCGUCUCUCUUGUGCCAGCAUCAAGAUCAAUAUUAUUUAUGGCUUAUGUGCAAUUUGUAAUCUAGUAUUUGACAUCAUAGGCAUUGCCCUUUCUUAUGUUCAGAUACUGCGAGCUGUUUUCCGUCUUCCUUCCCGUGAAGCCCGACUCAAAUCCCUCAGCACGUGCGGUUCUCAUGUUUGUGUAAUUCUUGCCUUCUAUACACCAGCCCUCUUUUCCUUUAUGACACAUCGCUUUGGCCAUAACGUUCCCCGCUAUAUCCACAUACUCCUGGCUAAUCUUUAUGUUGUAGUGCCACCAAUGCUCAACCCUGUCAUAUAUGGAGUCAGGACCAAGCAGAUCUAUGACCGGGUGAAGAAACUAUUAUUACAGAAACCAUGA